CUCCUCCACCACCUCUUCUCUCUCUCUCUCUCUCUCCUCCUCGGCGUCUUCCUCAACUCUCCUCACUUUCUCUUUCUCUACCCCUUCCCCUUUUCUUUAAAACUCACACCCUCGUCCUCGACUGUCUGUAUAUAGUCGUAUUACAAACGUUACGAGGGGUCUUCCUAUCCUCCUUCUCCCUCACUCCAUCCCGCUUAUCCGCCCGUCGGUUAGGCCAAGGACUACGGCGACGGCUAUCACUCACCAAUUUCGCCCAGCCCAAAACCAGUUGGGGUCAACCGUCAACAGUUAUCAGCACGGGUUGUCGACUGGCGCAUUGAGACACCUGCGCCAGCCCGGACACCCGUGGGCCACGUCGGAAGAUGAACUCGCUGAACAUCUUGUCGUCCCGAGUGAUUGGCCAGCCUACCAGUUCCAGUAGAAGUCGUCAACGAUCUCGAUCGCAAGGAGAGAUUUCCCGGACAAUUGAACCAGGCGACCUCGCCAAGUUCCGGUCCUAUAGUGAGAGCAACUUCCAUGCUUCGGAACACCAUGAGAAAAGCCACGAUGAGACGCCCGGCGCGCCAGAUGACCUCGAAAACCAUGAGUACACGCUUGACGAGAAAUCACCAUUAUUACGAAGUCUAUCCAAGGAUCGCUCUCUGGGCACAAACCGCACCAUAGGACUAUUCGUGCACCGGUUCUUCGAUGCGAUUGCCGAGACAAUCAAGUUUAUUCUGUCAAGCUUAGCGGCGCCUGGCUUCUUUGUCGUCCACUGCUUUCGCGAAGAUGAUGGGCAUUACUCUCCACUGGCUCCAUUCCGCAAAAUCGGCCGCUUGGUUCCGGGUCGUUCCAAAAGAUCAAGUCCUGGCACGCCAGGCAAAGGAGGGACUCCAACACACGGCAAGCAACGAACCGCGCGGCGACCCAAAGCUCAUAGAUCACGCGAAUCAAUUGCCUCGAGUACGUCCGAGUCUGAGGGGGACCGGCGAAGCGCCAAGGGACUCAGCAGCAGUCAUUCUCGGUCCGUCAAGUCCAAGUCCUCCAACUCAGAGCAUGCACCGGACGACAACGCCCCUCGACGAUCUAUUCGAAUCAAGCUUCAUAAUGAAGAGGCGUUCAAGCGGAACCGGCAGCGUCGUUCGCAAAGCACGGAUCUGGGACAGACGUCGCAGAAUGGAUCCCAGGGCGCUGUCAAUCUCGAUAGCUUGAAGUCCCCGACCUCCCCGUCGGUCCAUCGAGUCACUCGAUAUCCGCAUUCACCCGUUCCUCCUCGACCUCUGAUUCCCCAGCGCAUACCUUCUUACACGGCCAACCUCCGCAGCACGAAAAGCCCGCAAAAGACUCUGGUCCUCGAUCUCGACGAAACACUCAUCCACUCCCUGGCCAAGGGUGGCCGCAUGUCCAGCGGCCACAUGGUUGAAGUCAAGUUGUCCACGCCCAUGACGACCGCUCUGACUCCAGGCGGGCCUCCGACCACGCUUGGUCCGCAACAUCCCAUCUUGUACUAUGUCCAUAAACGGCCUCACUGUGAUGAGUUUCUCCGCAAGGUGUGUAAAUGGUACAAGCUGGUGGUCUUCACUGCGAGCGUGCAAGAGUACGCGGAUCCGGUCAUCGACUGGCUGGAACAGGAGCGGAAAUACUUCCACGCGCGGUAUUACCGGCAACAUUGUACCUUUCGCAACGGCGCAUACAUUAAAGAUCUCAGCUCUGUUGAGCCAGACCUGAGUAAAGUGAUGAUAUUGGACAAUAGUCCUAUGAGUUAUAUUUUUCACGAAGAUAACGCAAUCCCCAUUGAGGGCUGGAUUAAUGAUCCGACGGAUAAUGGGCUGCUCCACCUCGUCCCCAUGUUAGAAGCUCUACAAUAUGUAACCGAUGUGCGGGCUUUCCUAGCCUUGCGUAGAGGGGAAACAGAAGCUUAGCACUGACAAAGGGGCCGGAGUGUGGCAGUGACGGAGUGACUUAUGGCAUUAAUAUAAUAAUAAAACCCCCCUUUGCACAGCGAAAACAGGAAAACAAAAAAAGAAACCCUGACCGGAAUGGAUGUUGUCCAAGCUUGAUGUUAUUA